GUCUGCUCUGCCUCUGCUAGCUAUCACCUCAGUUGCACUUUGGACUGCGUGACAGAACAGUCCGUGCCAUAUUCCGCUGGAGUAGUAGUAGUGUUUUAGUGUUCUCUAAAGGAAUUGUUAUGGCUCCCCCGGUGGAAUAUCUUUUUAUAAACGAAACUGCCAGCCAGUGAGGUCCGUCGGAGGAAGCGGAGUUAUCUGCAGAAGGUGUGAACAAGAACUCGACCUCACGCCUCCGGAGAGAAAGUAGCGAAACAGAGGCCCCUAAUAAACCCGUAAAAAGGUCUUUGAAGCAAUAAAACAAUAGCCCUAAAAAAAAGAAAAGUAAAAGACAAUAGCUACCAGAAUACAGACACGCCCACAUCACGCUUCUUUGUAAAUAGGUGGAGGGAAACAGACCAGUGACGUCAUCGGCGAACUCUUAUUAAUCAAACGACGGGGUGGAGGUAAUAUCGAGAGAGAGAGCGAGCAUUAGCAUCAAACGGUACCAUCCAUCCAUCCAAUGGCGCUCUAUUUGAAUGUCAGAGGUGAAGGUGAAACCGCAGCGGGUUUUAUAUAGCUUCCCCAACAACCUCUCUGCCGUCCAGGUUACUUUUUAGAAGCCUGCGUCGAUAUCACAGCGAGUUCAGCUCGACGAUCGCAGACUAGUACUAAUACCUGGGCUUCAUCGACUAGUACUACCUGGGCUUCAUCUACACGUCGUCAGCAGCAGGCUUCUUAUAAGUUUAAAGAUAACGUUCGUCGAUGUCCAGGCUUCUUCUAAGCUUAAAGAUAACGUUGGUCAAUGUCCAGGCUUCUUACAAGCUUAAAGAUAUGCAUUUAUACUCGCCACCAGAAGCAGCAGCCCGCAUCCGUUGACACAUGAACCACAAACAAACGCUCCCCCGAACUGCGGUGAACUGGAGCUGAUUAACUUAAAUAUGUCGGGUGAAAAGACGCUAUGACGGUCACCCAUCGUAAAUCAGUUAAUGCUGAUGCGUUAUCUGGGUGCCUGUAACACCAUUCUCUGACGGGACGGGAAAGAGACGCCCCCACCCCAUUCACAGCCACUUCGCAGCAGCGGUCAGACCCAUCCGUCUCCCUCCAUCAAUCAAUUAGCCCCCCAGCAAAGGCAGGAUUGAUGAUCGUCAUCAACUCCAACAUGCUGCCGGGGGACUCGCCUCGCCUGAACCUCGUGACGUCAUCGCGCGACUAUCUGGACUACCCUCUGCGCCCCAACGUGCACAGGAUGUGGGGCACGUUGCAGAGGCCCAGGAGCAAGUGGCAGUGCUGCUAUUUCCCGCAGUCCUUCCCCGUCUACAGAAUGCAGAGGAUGAUCAGCAUGAUCCUGUGUCUGCUGGUCAUGGUUCUGCUCUCCGUCAUCGCUUUCGUCCUGGUGCAGAUUGUGCCGCCGCCGCCGCCCCCGCAGCAGCAGCAGCAGCAAAUGGCUCAGGCCAAGUCCGUCUCCCCCGGCGGGGACGUCAUCGAAAGCGGCGGGGUCGUCGGCAGUGAGGAGGAUUACAGAAAACGGGAGUCGGGCUUGGGCCUCGUCCGCACCGCCAGGAAACUGGAGGACCACGCCGAGUACAAGAGGAGCGUCGGCGACGACUACAGCGAAGCGGAGGACGACUACGCCGACGAGGAGGACGACGACCUGAUCCUGAACAAUGACGGCGACGACGAGUACGAGGAGGAGGAAGACGACGACGGUGAUGACAACAACCCGGUGUUCGACAUGAAGUACUUCGACUUCUCGGCUAAAGCGCGCGAAAACCAGAUAGGGCAGGAUGAGGUGGACACGGGCGAGGGCGUAGAUGCGUCGCCAGCCUUCUUCGCGACCCCUGCCAUCGGCCAGAAGUGGGAUGACUUGCCCAAAGUGACAGUGGAGAGCGCAUUCAGGAUGGACGUCGUCGAAGACGGGGUCGUGUUUUCCCAGUCCGUCGAAGCCCUGUUACCCGAGCCGGAACUGAGCGACGCCAGAGUGGGCGAGAUGCAGGGUCGCAUGAGGUCGGGGGAGGUCACCGUGCUUCAGGAGCCCACCUGGGAAAAGUGCGGGCGGCCCAAGAACCAGUGGCUGGAGAUGGCUUCGGGGGAAGCUGCUUGUGCUAGAUACAGAUACCCGGACGACUGCCUACUCGUAGGGGAGGUCCUUAGCUUCUACCUGUCCCGUGUCUUGGGCGUGGGUCACGUGCCUCCUGUGGUCUUGAGUCAGCCCUCGGGGGCGCGUUGGCAACGCGUUGCCAAGGAUAUGCAACGGGCCGGGUGGGGGGACGCCCCCGUGGUAGUCCUCACCCCCUGGAUACCGGAUCUUGUGAGGGACCACAUGCCGUCAAUCCUCGUCAACGCCCUCAUGGAGGGCAAAACCCUGAGUGCCAUCGCUACAGACGACCUCCCUGAAGCAGGGCUCCCCAACCCCAAAGACGUCAAGACGAAGAGCAGCCUGAAGAAGAAGAAGAAGGCAGCAGAGAGAGAUCUCCUGAAGGCGAAGGACGCCCUCGUCCCGGACCAAAAAGGACUCGAGGCCGAGGAGUCUCCUCAGUCUGCUUCUGCAGGAGGAGUAGCUCCCCCGAAAGACAUCAGGGAACUGUCUGAAAGAGACCUGAUCAAACUGCUUCAGUGGAGUGACCUGCUGGUGUUCGAUUACCUGACGGCAAACUACGACCGUGUUGCCUACAUGCAGGACGCCGCUGAGAAAGAGGGGCGCCUUCGUGUCCUCAGCGGGACGGUUCAUAAUCUGGUGCGCAACACGAAAACGGACGCUCUGUGGCUACUUGACAACGAAUCGGGACUGGUAGACGCCUACACCCUACUCUACGGCACCGCCGACCCGGUCCAGUCCAGCAGAUUCAACCACUUCCACAGGCAGAUGCUAGAGAGCAUGUGCAUCUUCCGACGGUCCACGAUGGAAGCCAUCUUGGGACUCCACCGCCACCCGGAACCUCACGCCUUCCUCGUGGACUUCGCCAGGAGACACGAGCCGCUCUUCCACUUGCUCCCCGACCCCCUGAAGAACCCUCUCUUCGCGAAGUACUUCCCCGUCCGCGUGGGGGAAGUCUACCAGUGGAUGUCGGCCUGCGUUGACAAAGUACGAGGGCAUUCCAACGCCAGAUGACAGUGAUUCGCGCGCGCAAUCGGAGAUGUAGUACUAUAUUUUUUAUAUAUUUUUGUAAGACGGAAUGAAAUAUAUCUAUACUGUACGCUGGAGCUCUUUGCUUUUA